UCUGGAAGAGCCUCACGAGCGUCGCACCAAAGUUCACAUUCAAACCCCCGAAGCUCCCGCAACCGCCGCCAGCCGCUCGCAGCUCCGAAGCCGGGGAUGAAGCCGGGGUUCGGCUGGCUCGCCGCGACUCUCCUCCUGCAAUCCGCCCUGGGCGCGGUGCCCGGCCCCGCGGCCGCCCCGAGAUGGCCGCGGGCUGACAACGGGAGCCGCGGGGCCCUGCCCUUCCUGCCGGCCGGCUUCCACCAGGAGAACACCGUGACCAACGACCUCAUCCUGGAGGAUGAGCGGGGGCAAGGCGGCGGCGGCGGCGGCGAGGAGGAGGAGGACGAGGAGGACUACCUGGACCUCGACAAGCUCCUGAGAGGCGACGACGACGAAGACUACGCCGACGUCAUCGACGCCGUGCCCGAGGCGGACCUGGCGAGCGGGGCCGGGAACGUCCUCCAGCUGUUCCAGGGGAAAACCAGGCUCCAGCGGCUCAACAUCCUCAACGCCCGCUUCGCCUUCCAAAUCUACCGGACCCUGCGGGACGGAGCCAACGGCAGUGCUAACGUGCUCCUGGCCCCCGUGGGCAUCUCCACCGCCAUGAGCAUGGUGUCCCUGGGACUGCGGGGGAGGACGCAGCAGCAGCUUCUGGAGGCGCUGGGCUUCCAGGACUUCAUCAACGCCAGCAGCUCCUACGACGGCCGGACGGUCCACGGCCUCUUCCGGAAGCUGACCCACCGCCUGUUCCGCCGCGACUUCGGCUUCACCCUCCGGGCGGUCAACGACCUCUACGUGCGGAAGGGUGUCACCCUCCUGGACGGCUUCCAGAGCCAGCUGAGAGACUACUACUUCGCCGAGGCCCAGCCCGCCGAUUUCGCCGACCCGGCCUUCGUCGCCGCCGCCAACCGCCGCGUCCGCCGGCUCACCAAGGGGCUGAUAAAGGAGGCCCUCGCCGACGUCAAUCCCGCCACCCUGAUGAUGAUUCUCAACUGCCUUUACUUCAAAGGGACCUGGGAGAACAAGUUCCCGGCCGAAAUGACGCACAAACGCAACUUCCGCCUCAACGAGCGGGAGGUGGUCAAGGUCCCCAUGAUGCAGACCAAGGGCAACUUCCUGGCCGCCAACGACCAGGUCCUGGACUGCGACGUCCUGCAGCUCCCGUACGUGGGGAACAUCAGCAUGAUGGUCGUUGUCCCGCACAAGCUGGCCGGCAUGAGGGCCCUGGAGAGCCAGCUGACCCCGCGCGUGGUAGACGGCUGGCGGAACAGCAUGACCAACAGAACGAGAGAGGUCCUGCUCCCCCAGUUCAAGCUGGAGAAAAAGUACAACCUAGUGGAAACCCUCAAGGCCAUGGGCAUUACCGAUCUGUUUGACCAGAAAGGGGAUUAUUCUGGAAUGUCCGAUGGAAAAAUCAUCAUUGAUCAGUUCAACCACCAGGGCACCAUCACAGUGAACGAAGAGGGCACCCAGGCCGCGGCCGUGACCACCGUGGGGUUCAUGCCCCUCUCCACCCAAGUCCGCUUCAUCGUGGACCGCCCCUUCCUCUUCCUCAUCUAUGAGCACCGCACCGACUGCCUGCUCUUCAUGGGCAGGGUGGCCAACCCCAGCCGGUCCUGACGGGCGAGGCCCACCCCGGCCGGGCGGCCCCCGCCACGCCGACGCGCGACAGCCACGGCUUCGGCACCACCGAUCGUUUCAGCCUCGUCGCCCGCGAGGCCGGUGGGCAGGGCGCCGGCCCCGGGGGUGAAAAUGCGGCCACACCUGCCUGAAGGGAGCCUGGGCACUGGGGGUGCCGCCUUUGCCACUGGAAACCUUCCCAAACCUGGACAUCCAACGCCCACAGUGUAACCAAGUAAAACACUUAGAACCCGA